CGAACAUGACAAAAUGUUUGACCACAGCUUCUUAAAUGUGAAGAUUUGCUGGUUUUAUGUUUUUAUUGAUUAUUAUGGAGUUUUUGGACAUCACUUUGAACUCUGAUAACUUUUGAGGGACAUCUGUGAUUCAUUUUUAGAGUAAAUUACUGAUCAAAAUAUAAUCAACAGAUUGAGGGAUAACACUUCCAUCAAGCAAGUCAGUUUAAUCUCCAACUUGUACAGGAUGCAGUUACAUGAAUUUUAAAUUGUGUUAAACAACGAACAAGUUUAGAGUUACGUAACAUUUUUAGCAAAUACUUUUCAAACUGAGAAAUCAAUGGCCCUCAAGAUUAAUUGCCAAUGUUUUGCUUGUAAUUGUGUGGUGUGUCUUUUCUGACACUUCCGUGAUCUGGACUCAGAACUGACUGAGCGUCUGUCAUUAGCUCUUUUUUUGAGUAUCUGAGCUCUGAGGAGUGUUUAAAAUUCUCUAUAAAACUCUGUUACGAGACUACUCAUUCCAGCUUUCACGUGGUGAUUUUUUUUUUUUUAAAUGGCUUUUGUUCUUUCAUUGUGCCAGUAUUUUUCCAUCCAUCUUGUCUUGUAUUCCAUUUUGUCACUUUUUUGCCUCACCUAAAACUUUUGUUCAGUCUGUGAAAAUAAGUGCUAUGUAGACACAUUUUUAGUGCUAUUAUCGUCAGAAAUAAUUUGCAAGUGGAAAAAUGUCAAAGCCAACAUAGCGAACAAAGAGUUAACUUUUCCCUGAAUGUAUCAUUUCCUGCUCUGGUUUCCUGGGUAUUCUCUCUCUCUCUCUCUCUCUCUCUCUCUCUCUCUCUCUCUCUCUCUCUCUCUCUCUCUCUCUCUCUCUCUCUCUCUCUCCCAUUUACUUUCCUGGUGUUAAAGGGGCCUGGCUAGCUCUUACUAGUGGAUUUUGUCUAGCUGCUAACAUCUGGGAGAGCUCUGUCUCGCUGUCUUUCAGCACACUGACCUAUAGAGAAGGACCAACCAAAGGACUCUCACUUUCCUUGCUGUCAAGUUGUGGUUCCACUUCGUUUGGGUACUCAUACGGUUUCUUUUUUGUCUGUUUGCUUAAAUAACGGGAAGAAUCUUGUGACUGUCCAGUUCUCUCCACUCACUCUCGACUUCCCUCACAAAGACAGUAAUUUCUUUUGAGAGGGCGUCCCCCUCCAUGCGGUCAGUCAACCUCGGUGCUCUAAAGAAGCGCUGGGAGCCGGCACAGGGCAAGCCUUCUUCCAUCCCUCAUCCUCCGAGCCCGUCCAGCCAUCACAGCAGGCCUCCUGCUCUGGCCAAGUCUGCUUCUAUCACUGAGCACUGUCCUCCAGUGAAGAGUCCCGGCCUGCCGACCGCUCAGGGAGGUCAACUCACAGCCAGUCCUGUCGAGCAGCCCGCAGUUACUCCAGAAGCAUCCAAAGGUGAAGAGCAGAGAGGCAUGGACAGGUAUGAGCUGACACACCGUGAAAGACCGGAAAAGCUUGAAGAGCAAGUUCCAACCAGCCCCUGUGCCUCUUAUGAAAAACCCAGAGUGCCACUGAACAACCUGAAGAUGAAGUUUGAGAGGGGAGAGGACACCAUGGGCAAGGGAGGCAGGACGACAUUACGCAGUAGUUCAUCAGAGGACAUGGACCAACAUGGUGGUCUGUCUGUGUCUGACAGAGUGUUGGAGUCCACAUCCAUGAGGGAGAAGAUGGCCAAGUACCAGGCUGCUGUUUCUAAACAAGGCACCACUCGCUCCGGUCUAGCCCCAGAGGUGCCUGCUCCAAAAACAUCUGCACCAGUAAAUCAGAAACACAUUCCUGCACCUGAGUGCAAUGGGGAGAGCAGCGAGCAACCCAAAGCAUUUAGGAAGUUCAGCCCACCGGUGAGGGAGACGUGCAUCGCUUGUCUAAAGACGGUGUACCCGCUGGAGAGACUGGUGGCUCUUCAGCAGGUCUACCACAAAAGUUGCUUCCGCUGUGUUCACUGCAGCACGACGCUCAGCAUAGUGAACUACGCCUCCCUGCACGGUAAUGUCUACUGCAAGCCCCAUUUCAACCAGCUGUUUAAAGCUAAAGGCAACUAUGACGAGGGCUUUGGCCAUCGGCCUCACAAGGAGCUUUGGGAGCCUCGAGCUGAUGGAGACGAAGGUGAGGAAGCGGUGACGCCAAAGGAACAAGAGGGACCAGCAGCGGUGACACGUCCAGCUGAGAGUAUCUCAGACAAACAGGCCACCCCGACUGUGGAAACAACCCCACAGGUUAAGGUUACAGACCUGACUGCCUUACUGGAGACACGUGUGCAGACCCAUGCCAGGUCUGGUGAGAAACUCGAGUCUACAGAGAAGCCAGCGGAGAAACGCAGGCUGAGGGUCGCCUGGCCUCCUUCGGCUGGUGAGGGCCACUCUGAGACAGAAGCACUUAGUCCAGUCACGGAGGGAGUUUCUUCAGGCCGACUGUGGAGAGCCAAGUGGCCCCCAGGAGACGAGCUGCCAUCAUCCUUCCAGAGCUCAGAUCGGGCUGAACUGAAGAGCCUGAGGCGGAGCUCUUCCCUAAAGGAGCGCAGUCGGCCUUUUACACUCGCAGCUAAACCCAGCCCAGCAAUUACUCCGGCACCAAGGGAACCUCGGCGCCCUCUCAAAUCCCUGCUGGAAUGGAGAGCAUCAUUCGAGGAAAAACACUCAUCUGAAGAACCACCCAAGGAAAACAAUCCAGAGCUUCAGCAGGUGAAGCAGCAGGAAAAGAAAGAGAAGACGGUGCCUCAAAUACCGAGCGAAGAUGCAGCAAAUGCAAGCGAGACAAUCUCAGAGGAGGACGUGGAGACUGAGCAACAGGAAGAAAGACACAAACAAGUACAGAAAGGAAAGGCAGCAGCAGACAAGAUGGCGGUGGAAGAAGGCUCUCUUAGAAGCAUCUCCCCGGAUAUCUCACCGUCCCCCUCUCCAUCUUUACAGCCAAAACAGAACCGCGCCUCCCAGGAUGUGGGCUUCUGGGAGGGGGACAAAGAAGGAAGUGAUGCAGAGGAGCUGAGUGCAGAGGAUAUAAUAAAGAGGAACCGCUACUAUGACGAGGAGGAGGAGGAGGAGGAGGAGGAGGAGGAGGAGGACUCAUAGGAACAUCUUACAGUCUUAAUGUUAUGUCCAUCCAACACUUUGCCAGUUUUGUUUUCUCAGGCUAUAGGUAGAUUACAAAUGUAGCUUUGCCAGAUUGUAAAGGAGAUGCUAAACAUGUGUAAUAGGUGUGUGUGUAUGUGCAUUUAUAUUACAAUAACUGCGCUUAAUGGUUACAUGUUUGAUUUAUUUUAAUUGUAUACUGUAAAAAUAUCUAAUACUGCUUUAAAUGACUCCGGAAGUUGGACCUUUAUUAAAUUCAUUUAUCUUCUGAUAAUUAUAUGCACCAUCAGUGACCUAUUAUUCGUAGGUGGUGUGUCCAAAAACCAUUGUACUUUAUGUGACACUUUAAGUGCUUUUUAAUGACAGGUAGUACCAAGUCGCAAAAAACCAAACUGUCACAAAGUGUGUUUUUGCCUUUCCUAGAAUGCAGAAAAGACCUAAAUAACUUAUAC